AUGCUUUCCAUUUUAAAACGUUUUGCUGUCAUAAUCCCUGCCUUGCACAUAGUACAUGCGUAUUGCGUCUAUAAUCGGUUGACCAACUCAACAUCUCGUCCUUCAUUUCUCAAUGUAGUUAAAUCAGGAAAGGGAGUGUUGUUUACUGGUAGGUUUAGAGCCACAAUAGUUGGGUAUGACUCUCGUGCGUGUUUCCCUUACACAGACAUAACUUGUAAUCGGUUUGGUUCACUUGUAGAGCCUAUUAUUCUUGAGGUUGAGCCAUCCUUUGAUGGAACUCUAACUGAUACAGCACGCUUAGCAAAGUGUGAUGCUGGAGGAGCCCUUAUAAUGUAUGGAUCUACAAAUGAAAAUCUUUAUGGCGAAUGUGUUAGUCGCAAUGGAACAGUAGCUCGGGUUAACCUCAUUUAA